UUAAGGCCAAAAACAAAAAAGCUUUUUCUAUCUUUGGGAGUAAGACCGAAGAAAAAUUACAAAAAUUUAGCACAGCAGAAUUUGUUGGUUAAAAUAUGGAAUGCACAAAAUUCGUAUAAGGAAACAAAGAAAAGCAAGAAAAAGACGCGGUACACAGAAGAGAGGCACAACGAUCGGAAGCUGGGCGGGUCCGCUUCAAAAUAAAGAAAAGAUUCUAUUUGGGUUUAGUCACCAUUGGAGCAAUAAUUACCAUAGCAUACAGUUAACUAACAUUCAACCGUAAUUAUAUGCAUUUAGUUAUACUCGUACCCGCACAGUAGCCACAUAGCUGAUUUUGCUAUGGUGCAAUGCAGGCAUUCCAAGACGCUUGGGCAGCAGCAUGUAAGGUGGAGGCAUCAACGGUUGUUGUUCCAGCUGAAUUCGUGUUCCUUGUAGGACCCAUUUCAUUCUCUGGUCCAUACUGUCAAGCAAAUAUUGUGUUUCAGCUGGAUGGUACAAUUAUCGCUCCAACCGACUCUCAACCCUGGGGUAAAGGUAUUCUACAAUGGCUUGAAUUCACAAAGCUGAGAGGUAUAACAGUUCAGGGAAAAGGUAUCAUUGAUGGAAGAGGCUCAGGGUGGUGGCAAGAUGCCCCAUACGAAGAUCCAUAUGAUGAUGAAAGAAAACUCAUAAUUCCAUUAAACUGUACAGUUCAAGAAAAACCACCCAUGCCGGUCAGAAAUGAACUCAGUGGAAAAAUGCCGAGCAUCAAACCAACUGCACUAAGGUUUUAUGGGAGUUUUAAUGUGACAAUCACGGGCAUAACAAUUCAAAACAGUCCUCAAUGCCAUCUCAAGUUUGAUAAUUGCAUAGGAGUUGUGGUGCAUGAUAUGACCGUCGCAUCUCCUGGGGACAGUCCUAACACAGAUGGAAUCCACCUACAAAACUCCAAAGAUGUGCUAAUACAUGGCAGUAAUCUUGCCUGCGGGGAUGACUGCGUUUCCAUACAAACAGGAUGCUCAAAUGUAUACAUUCACAAUGUGAACUGUGGCCCAGGGCAUGGAAUCAGCAUAGGAAGCUUGGGAAAGGAUAAUACCAAAGCUUGUGUCUCUAACAUCACUGUGCGCGAUAUCAUUAUGCAUAACACGAUGAAUGGAGUCAGAAUAAAGACAUGGCAGGGUGGAUUGGGCUCUGUUCAAGGGGUUCUGUUCUCAAACAUUCAAGUUUCUGAGGUCCAACUUCCAAUUGUGAUCGAUCAAUUCUACUGUGACAAAAGGGCAUGUAAGAAUGAAACAGCUGCAGUUGCUCUAUCAGGAAUCACCUAUGAAAAAAUAAGAGGAACAUACACAGUAAAACCUGUGCACUUAGCCUGUAGUGACAGCCUUCCAUGUAUAGGAGUAACUUUAUCUGCCAUUGAGCUAAAGCCACUACAGGAACACUACCACCUAUAUGAUCCAUUCUGCUGGCAAACUUUUGGACAGUUGACCACCCCAACUGUCCCACCAAUCAGUUGUUUACAAAUUGGCAAGCCUUCAAAUAACAGAGUCCAAUCUGAUCAUGAUGUGUGCUGAGCUUAGUCUAGGUAAUUUAUGGUGUAUUCGCUUGUGUGGUCGGCAUGGUUAUCUGACCCCUUUCACACCAUUCAUUUAUCAGGUAUAGAGUGUAUAUUUAGGCGCCAUCCUAGUUUAUAGGCAUUCUUCUUUGAUAGGAUUACACUGGUUCCUAGUUCCCACUAUGUGAGAUUAUACAGGCUUGCUAUCAGGUAGAGCCAAAUACUGGAGUCCAAGUCUGUCUAGUUUGUUAAGGCAGAUUGUUCGAUUGUGAAAUUUUAUACAAAUGCAUUAUCCACUAGAUGUGCAUCAAUAAAUCGCAAUAAAGAGACAUUUCGUUCUUCAUAUAUAACAAUCACUUAAAAGACUACAAAGGUAUAAGCAUAAGGUUAAAUAAAAUUAAACUCGCACAAACAGUCUAUCUUCUAAAGCAUUCAAGUUUGGUCAGGCAUUCAAAAAGAAUUAAAGUAGAAGCAAGCAUGAAGAUCAAAUGACAAAACUAUGUUGUCAUAAACAGAUUAGAUAUCGAAAGGAACAAGCUAAGACAAACAAUAAAUGGCAAUAAGCAUUAAGAAACAAUGGCGGCAACCAUGAACUGCAAUCAUUGAUUGGGAGAAGGGGAAAGGGAUUGGGAAUCAGCUCUUUCAGUAGAUGAUGUGAUUUGUUUUCUGAAUUUGAUGACUCAUGAAUCAUAUGAACAUUUAAUAUAGAAUACAUAUAACUGAUAAUUCUUCCAUAAUGUACCAGAUCAAUUAAUUUUAUACAGUAAGCAAAAGAUUCAUUUUACGUUUUUCAAGCAGACAAUUCAAGCGCAUCGACAACCUAAAAAGCAACAUCAACCAGUUUAAGUUUAAAUCAAAUACUAAUAAUCAAAGAAACAGGG